CCGGCCAUGAACGGCUCGCUGGCGGGCUCCGGGGGGGGCUGGCAGCCCGAGUCCGUCAUCAUCCCCCUCGUGUACUUCAUCAUCUUCCUCGUGGGCACCGUGGGCAACAGCCUGGUGCUGGCCGUGCUGCUGCGCAACGGGCAGGUGAAGAACACCACCAACCUCUUCAUCCUCAACCUGGGGGUGGCCGACCUCUGCUUCAUCCUCUUCUGCGUGCCCUUCCAAGCCACCAUCUACACCCUGGAGGGAUGGGUGUUCGGGCCCUUCAUGUGCAAGGCCGUGCACUUCUUCAUCUACCUCACCAUGUACGCCAGCAGCUUCACCCUGGCCACCGUGUCCCUGGACAGGUACUUGGCCAUACGAUACCCUCUGCACUCCAGGGAGCUGAGGACACCCAGGAACGCCCUCCUGGCCAUUGGUCUCAUCUGGGGGCUCUCCUUCAUCUUCUCGGGCCCUUACCUCAGCUACUACCAGGAGUUCCAGCUGGCCAACCUGACUGUCUGCCACCCCAUCUGGGAGAUCUCCCAGCGCAAGAUCAUGGACACCUGCACCUUCAUCUUCAGCUACAUCAUCCCCGUGCUCAUCCUCAGCCUCACGUACGUGCGGACCAUUCGCUACCUGUGGCGCUCCGUGGAUCCUCUCCAAGACAUGUCAGAGUCCAAGAAGGCCAAGAGGAAGGUCACCAGGAUGAUCAUCAUCGUGGCCGUGCUGUUCUGCCUCUGCUGGCUGCCCCACCACCUGGUGAUCCUGUGCGUGUGGUUCGGGCACUUCCCCCUGAACCACUCCACGUACGUGCUGCGCAUCCUCUCGCACGUCAUCUCCUACGCCAACUCCUGCGUCAACCCCAUCGUCUACGCCCUGGUCUCCAAGCACUUCCGCAAGGGCUUCAAGAAGAUCUUCAGCUGCCUCCUGCACAAGAGGGCGGCGCACAGGGUGCACGUGGCCCAGGCUGCCCACACGCUCAGCACGCUGGAGGCAGAGCUCAGCGAGCUGACCCAGCUGAGCGAAGCCCUGCCCGGGCGCUCGGCCGCGCGCUGCAGGGUCCCCGCGCAGCCCUGCGGGGAGGAAGGGCUGCAGGGGCAGGAGCACAGAGCAGAUGGCUCCUCUGUCGCCUUCAACGUCAGCUAG